AAUGUUAACGUCGAAGGUCCACAGUGCAAUCCUGCUGUUUGGCUGGAGACUUCCUUUAAUACUUCAACUAGCAUUUAGCAGAGCAGAGGACAGCACGAAUGGCGUUGCUCUUACGUGGAAGCCGUCUAUUUAAUAUUCGGAAAACGGCGACAGCGAUGCAGUCCUCCUGCUCCUCACUGACAUCUGGCAGGCAGAAUGUUAACGGAGUGGAUCUUUACUACGAGAAGACAGGCACAGGGAAACAUGCAGUGCUGUUGCUUCCCGGUGCUUUGGGAAGCACUAAGACAGAUUUUCAACCCCAGUUAAAGUCUUUGAACAAGGAGCUGUUUACUAUCGUGGGCUGGGAUCCUCGUGGUUAUGGACGAUCACGACCUCCAAACAGAGACUUCCCACCUGACUUCUUCGAAAGGGAUGCAAAGGAUGCAGUGGAUUUGAUGAAGACAUUGGGGUUUGAAAAGUUCUCUCUGCUGGGGUGGAGUGAUGGCGGAAUCACGGCCUUAAUUGCUGCUGCUAUGAACCCCACAUUAAUCAACAAGAUGGUCAUAUGGGGAGCCAAUGCUUUUGUAUCUAAACAAGACCUUGGCAUGUACAAUGCAAUCCGUGAUGUGUCCAAAUGGAGCACAAGGAUGAGGCAGCCGAUGGAGGAGAUGUAUGGAGCAGAAGCCUUUGCUAAAACAUGGGUGGCCUGGGUGGAUAGGUUUGCCCAGUUUGCUGAAAGACCACAAGGGAACAUCUGCAUUGAACUUCUGCCCCUGAUCAGCUGUCCGACUCUCAUCAUUCAUGGAGAAAAAGAUCCCAUGGUCCCCAGCUUCCACCCGUACUUCCUUCUCAAACAUAUCCAGGGAUCACGAUUACAUCUGAUGCCAGAGGGAAAACACAAUCUUCAUCUGAGAUUUGCUGAAGAAUUCAACAAACUGGUGGAAGACUUUCUGGAAGGACAGAAUAUUUACACUCCAAAAAAACAUUCACUGUGAUGAUGCAGAGGUCAUUACAUCAAGCUAUUAAUUCCCGAUUUUCAUUUUUGUUAACCAUGAUAUGUGAUUAGAUAUUUACUUAGAUGUUUAGAUGUUUACUUUAGUUUAAAUUGACUACUGAGCAAUGAGGACAGCAGCAAUCAAGCUAUAUUUUUUACUGGGAAGAGUCUUUUUGUUUGUCUUUUUUUGUUUUUUGUCUUUUUAUCAAAGGGAGCAAUUAAAUUUCUGGAAGACAAAAUUCUGGCAGCAUAAAACCAAAACGCAGCCUCGCCGUGUAAAAUGUAAAUUGGCACAAGACCAUGAGGUGACUUGUACACAAGCAGAUCUGUUUUAAAGUUGACAGGAAGCCAGUGCAGAGACAGAGUGCAGAGUAUUGGACUACGAUGGUCAUAUUUCCUAGUUCUAGUCAGGACUCGAGCAGCAGCAUUUUGGAUGUACUGUAGCUGUUUUACAGCUCGUUUAGUGAGGCCGUUACAGUAGUCUACAGUAGUGUAGUCUGCUGAAGUGUACUUACACUUUAAUGUGUUCACACUCACACAAAAUGGCCAAAAUAUUGAGUGUGGAGUGAUUUAACGCUCAUCACCCUCAUUAGUCACUAUCUUGGCUACGUGGUGGUAGGGGAGCAGAGUUGCCAACUUAUCGAGUUUUGCAAGUAUUCAAAAGCCCCAUGGUGACUUUUUAAAAUAAAGCGACCAUUACCAAAUCUAGCGACUGUUUGAGGUGUAUUUGGAGACUGAUUUGAAAGUACAUAUUGUCCCUCAGACUGGAAUAUAUGGAAUAUAAUCACUACAUUCCUAUGUAACACCAUCUUGGUCCUUUAUUGUAGAGUUUCAUCAAGGUUGAAAGCAUGUCAUGCAAUUUUCUGCCAACACGUUAGCAACCUCAACUCUUACUGACCCAUUAUCUUGUUAACUUCCUUCAUCCUUAGCAAACAAUGGUAAUUAAAGAGAAACGGGGAGUUGUUGGGCCUGGAAGUAAACAAUGUGUUAUAACAGUCACUUUGAAUUCAAAUGUUGAUUCGAAAUUUGAGAAGUCGGCAAAUGUGAGAUGUACCGUACAUCCACUUGAUGAUUCAUAUCCACACAGGAAAUGAACCAAUUAUGCAAAUUAGGCCAUUACUUAAUUGAGUGGCUUCUCAUGACUUCUAGGGCAGUCAAUAGCGACUUUCCUUACUCAGGAUUUUGAAACACUGAAGGGAAUGAGAGGGAGUAACGUAAAAUAAUGGCAGUUGAGGAAUAGCUCAUUGUGAGGGAAAGUAAUUCUAUAUCUGCAGUAAGUCUGCAACGCCAUUAAUCAUAGAUACUUUAUUGAUCUCCAAGAUCAAUGAUUGAUGGAAUUAAGAAAGCACUACACAGUCAACAUUUGCACCCUCAAGUACACAUUGUGAGAUGUCUGAAGGGAUAUUGGACUAAAGGUUUUUGGAGCCACUGCAUUAGUAUCUAGUGAGACAUUUGAAGUUAACUUCCGCAUUUUAAAAAAUGUGUAACCACUAUACAUGUACUUAUAUGGUACCCAAUACGCUGUAAUGCAUCACCACUCCAUGAAAAAAGUCUUGUUACUCAGCUGUCACAGUGGCUGGUUCAGAUCAGGACUUUGGAUCCAUACAGGAGCAGCGCUUACAUAGACCAUGUCCAUCGACAGAGGCUCAAUUUGCGUGACAAUGAGAAUGACCACAAAUGGUCAAGACAUGUGUCUAUCGAUUGCCUCCAUAUUUAGCAGUCCAGUCUACUCGUCCAUGUACUGGUGGGAUGGUAGUGUUUCUGGAGAAUGUAUUCAUUCCUGAGAAGCUUGUACUUGUACAUGGGACUUGAGGAGAUCUGAAGUCAUCAUGGUCUUUCUGGAUCUCUGGAGAUCAGGAAAGGUUGAUUAUUGUAACAGCUUGGAUUAUUUAAAACUAAAAAAUGUACACUAUUUAUCCAUGUGCGUAUGGUGGGAAAGCUUCAAGUGAUCCAAUUCUUCUCGCCCCCUCUAAGUCUAUGACUAUGCAUUUUUGUUACAGAUAUGCACUCUGGGUGGAGCCACCCUAAAACAUAGGCAGUCCUUUUCAAAUCUGGCCUGAUGUCAGAUCCCCUUCCUGACACAAACCUCUCAUUUUCCCGGGCUUGGAACCGGCACUGGACAGUUCCAAUGUUGAACCUGCUCAGCAACAUGUACCACUACACUAACUAGUGAAAUUCCUAAUAUAUGCCUAUAUCUCAUUUAUCAUUAUCAUUUUUACAGUAUGACGAGGGACAAUAAAAACUAAAACCGUGGGCUGAAAAUGCCCCCUUAAAGCACUUUGGACACCCCUGGUUUCCGCCAUUUCUUUUUAGGAAAGUGCAAUGAUGCAGACAAGUGCAACGGUAACGGUUUUCUCUUUAGCAGUACCACUAGGCAUGAUGAGUCGCUGUAUUUGUUUACUGAGCAAAUGCUUAACACGAGGUACACUUCCUGUGCCUCACUGAGUGUGUACCGUGUGGAAAAUUGGUAUGUCUCUAUACUGAAACCAAGGCUACGUACUGAAAAAUCUGAUUACAAAUACAUGUAACAUUACAUCCCGAGUAUAUCCCUUGUAUAUUGUAUUUACCUUUAUUAGAGAAGAUCCCGCUCUUGGACAGUUUGAUUUUUGAGUCAAUCUUAAGAUCAGCGGAAGAAGACAGAUCAACUAAACAAGUUGAUGGAAAGUCUGUUGGAGCAGUUGAAGGUAUGAACAGGACACUUUUUAGACAUUUAAUGCCAGGAGACAUUAUGUUGACUUAUAAUAAGUAAUAAUAAGUAUUGACGUGUGUUGAUGUGGCAUACCAGCACAGGGGCCUCCGAUCUGUGUCAUCUGUUUAGUAUCUCUUGUUUCUGACUUCUCACAAGGUGAAAUAUUUGUCUUGGACAUGAAGGAAUCUGGAAAGAACAUAAGGUAUUUAGCCACAAAUAAUUUUAAAAUGUUAUAUGUGCACACUUAAAGACUUGCUUCCUUUUACCUUGUCCUCAAGAGCAUAAUAGUUAUCCAUAAUUGUUUUUUUUGAGAGUGAACAGUUCUCAGACUGACCUUUAAUAAGAGGCAGCUCCACUUCCUGUUCGUGAGCUAAACCCAAGAGCUGCCACAGGCUUCUGCUGACUGCUUGGUUGCCCGUUGAGGAGCCGCUUUUUGGGUCAAUGCCUGAAAAAAGCAUCAAGAGAGAAUGCACUAUUUUGCUCUGUUGUUUUGCUAAUAGAAAACUUUACAAUGUCCAUCCAUCCAUUUUCUAUAUCGCUUGUCAUCAUUCGAGUGCUGAGUUGUUGUUGAGAUGAUUUCUCACCUGGUAGAUAUCUGGACUGCCGCAGAUAGUGUUGCUUAGGUGACAGUGGUAUGGAGUCACCUCUGUCCAAUCCAUUGCUGCUUGUUGGUUUUAAUGGCGUGGGUGUCCUGGACGCUGGAAAACUAAUCAGCAGUCCAUUUUUCUUUUAAGUCUUCAAGAGAUACUAAAAUAUAACAGUGAAUCAAAUAGUACAUACCAACUGCUGGGCACAUCAAAGUUUCCGUCCCUCAGAGAAUUCAUUGUUGGUUUUUUGGAAAUGGAAACUCCAACGUCUGCAUCAUCAGAAGUGUCCCAACUGUCGACGGACUUGAUAGACAUUUGGCCCCAUCGUCUUCGUCCAGCCCUCACUCUGGUAACACUGUUCUCUGUCCCGGUGGCUGCUUCUUUUGUUGUCUUUCAUUUUUUAGGAAAGGGGGGAAUUAGUUCUUUAAAAUCAUGUUGCCAUUCAACUGUACUCACAACGCCGGACGUAGGCCCCUGGUGCCUACUGGCCUAUCCAUUCGCUUCUCCCAUUAACAUUUAUCAUGCUGUGUUACUGCAAUUUCCCUGACUUUGUGGAUUCUAUCCAGUCAUAUCUCAAGUCGUUCUAAUGAUGUAUUUUGUAUAAGGUGGCAGCUGUUGUUAAUUACUUAGAAAUUAUUUUUUAAAUGAUGUCAUAGAGUCACAAAUAUAGCCCAGGCUGUGGGUUUGACUUUUAGAUUUGAUUGAGUCUAUGUAUGUUAUUUUUAAUGGUGUUCUUUCGUGCAUGCAUGCAUGUGUGUUCCAAUAAUGUCAGAUGCCAUGCUUUAGAUGUGCUUGAGGCUUUAGCACGGUACGAUUGGCCGAGUGUGAGUACGCAUUUAGUGAUACAUACCGCCAUCAGUUGCUUAUUUUUAACCAAACUGAGUGGUUCAUGCUGUUCCUCCGACAGCAUGCUGGGACAUGUUUGUUGUUGUGUGUCCACCUGCUGGGACAGUUGGAUAGGCUGAAGGGGCUGAUGGGGCUGAUGGAGAGACUGGCUACAGGUUUGUGACUCCGUUUGGGUCUUUCUCGGCUCCGACUUGCUUGUCUUACACAAAGACAAAGCGUUUGCCUCCACAGUGUCUUUGACCAUCGUUGCCUGGACUUUGUGCUGCUUUGAAUACUUGAGUGGGUCACAGAGUGCCUGACCCACAUAGAAGUAUGGAUACUGCAGAGCCUGAAAAAUACAAACCAUGUUGAGCACAGGAUUUUG